AUGACAAACCUACACAGCCAUGAAGACCCAGCCCGCCAACCCAGCGAGUUCGAGAUCCGCCGUGCUGAACUCGUUGGGCAGAUCGGAGACAUAGGAAACGAGUUCAGUCAGGUUGAAGGGCUUUGGAGUCAGUUUGAGGAUGUGAUGGGUAGUGGUAGCAACAACCAAGCAGGAGAGGAAGAUAGAUCAGGAGAGCGCAGUGAUCGUCGUAACGGCGAUGCUGAGAGGUCUGCUAAGGGAUGA